GUGAAGCAAAAUCUCUCCACCAACACAAAGAUAGUAGGAGAAAUCCAAGAAAAGAGAUCAUCAGCAUCUGGCUUGCUUUUAGGGAAAUGGAAAUUAGUUUGGCUUGCUUUUCUCGCCUUCUUAUAUCCCAGCAAUCAUGCAUUCUUCCUUGAGUGGAUUGAUCACCAACUAUCUCUCUCUCUCUCUCUCUCUAAUUGCCAAUCGACAUCAUCACUUUGAGCUUUGAAGAUGAAGGGAAGAAUUUGUUGUUUUAUGAUAGCUCUGCAGAUGGUGAGUUGGGCAUCUGCAACAAGCAGGACUUUUCCAUCAAAUUAUAACGUUGGUGCUCAUCAACCAGGGCCAGUCCAGAACUCAGAGUCUUCAACCGUUACCUUAAGCGCAGCAGAGGGUUUCAAAAGCGAGAAAGCAAAGAUAAAUGAAGAAGUAAUUUACAAAGGGGCUAGCAAAAUAGGGUCAAUUCCACCGAGCUGCGAGCACAAGUGUCGUGGAUGUAUUCCUUGUGACGCCAUUCAAGUACCCACCACAAGCAGACACAGCAAUGUGGGCAUCCAGUAUGCAAACUAUGAGCCUGAGGGUUGGAAAUGCAAAUGUGGUCCUUUCUUUUACAGCCCAUGAAGUCCGCCAUGAGGAAGAAUUCCAUUAACAAUAACAUCUACUGUCAUUGUACAAAAGUUAUUUCUAGAUUAGCUCAGGAGAAUCUUCGCCAAAACAACGAUUAAAGUAGAAGAGCAAGAAAAAGUUUUGAUAAAGAGAAUGUGUUUCGCUCAAGUAUCGGAGAAUGUGAAUUUUUUAGCAUUACAGUUGAGUGGAUGGUAAUGCUUUGCUGGAGGAAUGUACUUGCGGCUUUCUUGAAAUGCCAUAUGUUUUCGAAUUUCAAUUUUCAAUAACCAUCGGGCACACUGAUACUUUGGAGAAUGUGUAAAAAUUCGAGUUUAUGACUGUUGCCACAAACUAAUGGAGGUUCAAAAUCCACCAUUAAAGCUGAUGACACAACUGUAUUUUUCAUCCAAAAUACAACAUGCUGUGUCCUCAA